AUGAGAAUUUCCGUUGGGCUAGCGGCCCUCAUCGCGAGUGUUGCUUACGCAGCUCCCCUCGCCUCAGCCAUCGUGCCUCGAUCCGCCAACGCCACAACAGAAGAGCGCUCGAAGCUGCAGCUCAUCCCGAUCGCCAAUGAGAGCCGGAAGAAGUUCGGAGUGGGACGGAAUAUUGCUCCAACCAGGAAACUAGACCUCUCCUGGAAGACUCCUGACGAGGCCAGUCUUGUCUCUGUGAACCUGGAUAUGCAACACCCCGCGGUGAUACUCGAGGACAUCGACGAUGUGACUGCUGUGGAUUGCAUUGGCCAGACGCGAGUGGCUGUCACAUUCAGUGACAAGGAUGCCUUUGACGAGGCCCUCGAGGACUGGUCCGGACUGAACGACAGCUUUGUAAUGGUCACGAACCACCAGGGAGACUGUGAUGCUGAGCUUGAGCGAUCUUUCUUCGUGGCAGAUACCGACUCGCUCGCUGCGUUCGAGUCCAACCUGACAAUCAUUGCGAAAGCAGAGAAGAGCGAUGUCUAUAGCACCGCCAACUCAACCGAGAUCAACUUCAACAGCGUUGCGACGGCGACCGGCCAGGUGGACAAGCGCGGCAUCUCGCUGAACAAGGAGGGCCUGACGAUCGCAUACGACUAUGCGCUCCCAUCGGACCAGACCAUCGUCGAUACGACGUACGUCAAGAUCCAGCUCAACCAGGCCGAGAUCAACAACUCGGUUACGUACGCGGGCCACAUCAAGUGGGAGCUCUUCAAGGGCGUGACCGAGUUCACCAUCGACAUCGACAAGUCGAUGCGGCACUACGCCAACAUGACGAUCGAGGUGGAUGGCGUUUAUGACCAGUCGUGGACGUGGUCGCCGGCGGGUCUGACGUACUCGCUGAUCGAGAUCCCGGGUAUCCUGAGCCUGGGCCCGUCGGCGGGCAUCAGCUUCGGCGGGGAGGUGACGGCGUCGGUGGGCGGAGCCGUGACGGUGGACUUCACGUCGGCGAUGCCCAACGGCAGCAUCCACCUGGACAUGGUGCACUGGGACCAGAGCACGUCGUACGGGUGGACGACGGAGAAGACGGCGACGUACAACACGACCGAGAAGGCGCAGCUGACGCUCAAGCCGUUCAUCGACUUCACGGUCGAGUUCGCGUGCGAGCUGUUCGACGGCCUGCUGGACCUCAGCACCGGCAUCACGGCCGAGCCGUCCUUCCCCUUCGUCACCACCGCCACCGCCACGCAGUACCACAACGCCACCGGCGGCGUCACCUACCCCAACUCGACCGACACCUGCCUCAACGGCCUCAGCGAGGAGAUCGACUUCGAGUUCACCAUCAAGGCCUUCGCGACGCAGUUCCUCAGCGUCACCCUGUACGACUACAAGGUCGAGCUGUGGAAGGGGUGCCUCAACUGGCUCAACUUUGGGAAGCACUGA